CGGCCCGACGCCGACCGCGACGCUGAGCCGACCGCCGGAGCGCCGGGCAAUGGCGGCCUCGACGGCCUCGCACCGGCCCAUCAAGGGGAUCCUGAAAAACAAGAGCUCGGCGGCCAGCUCGGUGGCCAGCGCGGCCGAGCAGCCCGGCCGCAGCGUGGACGAAGAGCUCAGUAAAAAAUCCCAGAAAUGGGAUGAAAUGAACAUUCUGGCAACAUAUCACCCAGCAGACAAAGACUAUGGUUUAAUGAAGAUAGAUGAACCUAGCACACCUUAUCAUAGUAUGGUAGGUGAUGAUGAUGAUGUAUUGAGUGAUUCAGAAGCCAGUGAAACCAUAACCCCAGCUCUCUUAGCUAAAAAAUUAGCUGCUGCCGAAGGCUCAGAGUUAAAGUAUCGAGAUCAAGACCAGGAAAGUAGUGAUGAGGAUAGUGACCUCUCACCUGAAGAACAAGAAAAGAAGCGACAGUUUGAAAUGAAAAGGAAGCUUCACUACAAUGAAGGACUGAAUAUUAAAUUAGCUAGACAGUUAAUUUCGAAAGAUCUAAAUGAGGAGGAAGAGGAAGAUGAAGAAAUGCCAGAGGAAGUUACAUCUGGAGGAACUGUGAACAUGGAAGAAUCAAGUCAAGGAUCUUCUACAAGUGACGAACUGAAAAACCAAUCACAAAGUUCGUAGAAGAAAUUUGUUCCACACUGUAAUUGUCAUAUAUGGACCCUCUUCUUUUAAUAUACUGCUUCACUAUUAAUGACUUAUGUACCAAAGUGCAUAUGUUAUUAUAUAUUGCCAAGAAUUAAAUAACUUUAGAGACCAUAGAGAACAUGCCUAAUUGAUGCGUAUAUUCUUGUGUCUAAUACUUUACCACAAAAACGGCAUAAUG